AUGACGACCGGGAUUAGCAUUCCAGUGGUUGACUUUGCUCCAUCUUCUACUGCGCCUACGUCCCUCGCGUUUACCGACACGGACCCCUCGCCGGGAGAGCUGGGAGGCACAAUCAUCCUUGGCCGAGCUUCGGAUGAGUCGGAGAUCACCCACUACGCCGUCUACUGGGGUUCCUCAGAUCAGAAUGUCCUGGAGCUCUUCGCGCAGGUGCCCAAGGGUACCGGAAGCCUCGAGAUCCCGGUGCCCGCGAACACCCCGCUGCCGACGGGUGCAACGACCUUCCUGGCCUUCGUGGUGGGACCUUCCGGUCAGGGCUACAACAGCGUGGCGACUUCCAUUCAGGACUUGGACCAGUCCAGGGCCCCCGGAGGCCUCAGCUUCCAGGACACCGAUCAGGGAGUUGGGACCGUGGGUGGCACUGUGACGAUCCAGAGGGCGGCCAGUCAGACGGGAGUUACGGGCUACAACCUCUACUGGAGCACAGGCUCUUGCGCCACGCUGGGUGGCCAGAUUGCAAGCGUGACGGUGGAGCGGAGUGGCAUCGCCCCCUACUGCUUCACGGGGGAUGCAUGCAGCGACAUCAGCAUUUUGCAGGAGGAUGUGGGAGUCUACGUGGUUUCCCGUGGCAUGAGUGGGUACCGCAACGAUGAGCGGGCGAGCCUCUACUUGGAAGGCCCGGGCACCAUUCGCUUUUCUCGUUUCGGGACGGAAGGCGGCUAUGACACACUUACCAUCGAUGGAGUGGCGUUUUCCGGCAGCAGCGUGCCAGCGGAUUUUCAGCUUGGGGCAGGGCAGAAGCAGGUGGAUUGGUUCUCGGACUUCAGUGUGACUGGAAGUGGCUGGGUCUUCCAGUACGAGUCGCAGGGGAGCUUUGGUGACGUGAGCUACCAGCUGCCUUCUGGCACCUUCCUGCCAAGCUCCGCCACGGAGAUGAUGGUGUUCUCGGUGAAUGAGGGCUCAGAGUAUCGGGAAGCCUGCGCUGCUACAGCUGUGUCAGACUUUGCACCGCCUGUUCAGGUACCGCAGGCCCUGUGGUUCCAAGACCAAGACCAGGCUAGUGGAACUGUCGGAGGAGAUCUUAUCAUCUUGCAGGCCCGUGACCACAGUGGCCUGGAGUCUUAUCACGUCUAUUGGGGUGCCAACUCCACCCAUCGACUGCCAAACGUGGCCAUGGUCGCGGCUGUGACGGCCACAUCUCCUUCAACAAAUCUCACAGUCACCAUGGCGACCGGAACCUCCUUGCCCGUGAACGCCAGCUACCUCCUGGUUUUUGCUUCUUCUGCAAGCGGAGAAUCAAGCACGCCCGCGAGUGUGGCCGUGUUCGACUAUGAACCAGCCCAAGACGCGGCGACGUCCAUCACCUUUGUGGAUGUCGAUGCAGGGGAAGGGCUCGUGGCUGGAACACUCUUCAUCGGGCGGGCCAGUGAUGAAUCCUCCGUGGACUUCUACAAUGUCUACUUCUCCCUCGGUAGCCAGAAGCUUGACCUCAUUGGGUCGGUGCCCGCACCGACGCUUGCAGCCAGACCAAGCUGCAGCGGCGCCAGCUGUAGCGAGAUUGACAUCCGGUCCGUGGCUGGCGGCAUCGCCUACGAGGUCUCUCGUGGCACCUCCUAUGGCAAUAACGAGGUGGCCAGCAUCGCAGUCACAGGACCCGGCAUGGUGAAGUUUACCUUCUUCACCACGGAGGCAGGCUACGACUUCCUGACCAUUCUGGGGACUGCCUACUCUGGAAGCAGCAUGCCCGGGGAUAUCGAAAUCCCUGCAGGGACCCACGAGAUUGUCUGGCGAUCGGAUGGCUCCGUAACUACCGGAGGAUGGAUCUUCCGACUGGAGUCUGGUGCAAGUGCUAUCUUGAGCGUGGAGGUGCCCCAAGGCACAUCUAUUCCCCGGACUGCAGACAGUUUGCUGGUCCUUACGGCAUCAGAAGGCGGAGAGAUGGCAACAGGAAUUACAACCGCGCUUGUUGAUUACAACCCCCCCACCAUCGUCCCCGUGUCUGUCCAGUGUGAGGACAUUGACCCCAGCAUCGGCGUGUACACUGGCUUCUGCAACGUCCGCAGAGCUGAGGUGGAAGUUGGAGUAGUGAGCUAUGACAUCUACUGGGGAAUGAAUGCAUCGCACCCCAUGCCGGGAUCCCCUGUGCUUGGCCGGGCAUUCUUGAACGCUUCGGCCACGGCCCUGGUCACGGCACAAGUUCCCAGCACUCCGAUCCAUUCCUCCGCCUCGCAUUUGGUGGCUUUAGCCGCAGGCCCGGGCGGUGUGGCACCCCGGGGCGUGGGGACUCCGGUGCUCGACAACUCCGGCUUGUCCCUGAACCCCUCCAGCCUCAACGUGGUGACGACACCAGGUUCCACGACAUCAAACGUGAUCACCGUCACCAGCUCGGCUGCCGAGGACAUCACCUUGCAGGUGGGCAUCGUCUUCGAGGACGAUUCGGCACAGGGCGCUCUCCCCGAAGCUAUCGCCCCAAGCGCGGCCUCCUCGGGAGUCGCGGGUGCCAGCCACAGCCUGCCUUCCGUCUGCCAGGGAUCAGAUGUGCCUCUGCAGGGCAAGAAGCGCCUGCUCUUCAGGACCAAGGCCAAGCAGCUGGAUGCCAAGACAAGGCGUUUGCAUGCCAGGGGCGUCGAGGCCAAGCAUGGAGUGAAAAUCCAGGCAUUCGAGCGCCUGGGUGGUGUGGCCUUUGCUGAGAUGAAGAAUGCAACGGCGAGGCAGUUCUGCCAGAUGUUCCUUGAUCUCGACAAUGAUCCGGUGGUCGAGUAUGUCGAAGAAGACCUCAUGUGGCUUCCGCUUGGCAACAAGCUCCAGGUGGAGGACAUGCUCUUCCCUCCACCAAGACCGCAACCUGAACCCAAGCUUCAAGGGCGCAUGCACCGCCGCCCGGGCGUCUGUAGCAGUAGCACCUGCGGCCGCACGGAAGGGCACCCAAACGAUGUGGACUUUGAUGAGCUGUGGGGCUUACAUCAGGACAGCGAUGUGGACAUCGAUGCCCCAGAGGCUUGGGCUAUCCACCAGGGUACCCAUGGGAAGGUGAUCAUGGCCGUCCUUGACACAGGCGUGGACUACAACCACGAGGACCUCCGCAAUCAGAUGUGGGUGAAUUCUGGCGAGAUUCCCGGUGACGGCAUCGACAACGACGGCAAUGGGUACGUGGAUGACGUGUAUGGCUACGAUUUCCAUAACAACAACGGAGAUCCCAUGGACUCCAACGGGCAUGGAACUCACUGUGCAGGCACAAUCGGUGCAGAGGCUGGAAACUCUAUUGGCGUUGCUGGUGUCUCCUGGAAGCCCCAGAUCAUGGCAUUGAAGUUCCUCGGAGCAAGUGGCGGCAGCACAGCUGAUGCGAUCCGUGCCUUGGACUACGCCGUGAUGAUGGGCGCCCAGAUUAGCUCGAACUCCUGGGGCGGUGGAGGCUACUCCCAGGCACUGGUCGACGCCAUCGAUGCAGCUGCCGAGGCCAACCACCUCUUCAUCGUUGCAGCGGGCAACGACGGGAGGGACAACGAGAAUACCCCAACCUACCCGUGCAAUUACAAUCGACCGAACAUGAUCUGCGUUGCCUCUUCAGACAGUGCGAACGACAUCUCGUCUUUCUCCAACUGGGGUACAACGGUCGUGCACAUUGCCGCCCCCGGUUCCCGAAUCUACAGCACAUACCCCAACAACCAGUACGAGUUCCUGUCAGGCACAUCCAUGGCAACACCCCAUGUGUCUGGUGUUGCCGCCUUGGUGCUGGACUACGUGGACACACUGACCUAUGCCGAGCUUCGGAACCUGAUCUUGACGUCUGCUGUUAGGUAUGCCAAGUUCGAUUCUCGGGUGUCCACGGGUGCUCUGCUGAAUGCCCAUGCUGCUCUCCAGAUGGCUGGGCAGUUUGCCUGGGCCCGUGUGACAGGCCCCGCCGCGUCUGGAAGCAUCACUGUGCCGGCUGGAGGUUCUGCCGAGAUCACCCUGGAGCUGGGCAACGACAGGAUGGAGGAAGGAGAGUACCGGGUGGCUUUGAGAAUUUGGAAGCAAGUCAACGAUAUUCUUUACUCACGCCUGGUACCGGUUGUUUUUACUCUGCAUCGCUUCGGGUCCGCACCGACAGUCGGUGCUGGAGGCAUAGAGUUCCAAGACACAGAUGCCCGACGGGACGUCAUCGCAGGGGCCCUUACGAUUACCAGGGCGACUCCUGCGCAGGAAGAGACCUUUUCCCAGUACCACAUCUUCUGGGCGGACGCAUCGCAGACUAGGACCAGCGAGACGCCACUUGCAACUUUGGACACCGGGAAUGUCCUUCAGGACAACUUUGCCUUCUUCGACAACUCCUUCUGGUUUCCUCCAGACUCGGAUGUGGCAGGGGCAAGCUGGUCGGUGUCCAGCGGUGCAGCCAUCUUCUCCGGGCAGUUCGAUACCUCUCACCUCACCAUGGCACGUCGUUUUGCACCGCCCUUCACUAUGAAGGCCAAGGUGCGAAAGACGGCUGGUGCCCUGGCCCACAUGGUGAUCCAGGUGGGUGGGGACUCCGUCAGCCUCUUUGGUUCAGGCGGACUCCGUGCCAUGUUCCUGGGGUCUCAGAAGAUUUUGGUGUCGCCAGAUGGGCAGCACUACUCAGUGCCCUGCACCUUGGGCACCUGGUUCGAGGUGACGAUCACGGUUCUGGCAACUUCGGUCACCUUUGCCGACAACCAGGGGUGCCAGGAGAUCAUGCAGAGCAUCCCAAGCUCGGACGAGACGAGAAGCAUCCGCAUCGGUGCGGACUGCGCUGGUGAAUGUGCUGGCAGUGUUUGGGACAGUUUCGAAGUCAGCGGUGGCUUAUACGCGACCUUCAACGUCCCUUCCUCCACCAGCAUCCCUGCCAAUGCCGCCGGCUUCAUCGUGCACGCCUGGAACGUACUGGGCUUACAAGCCACCGGCCUCUACAUGCCGCUGUCCGAUCACCGAGUUGCCAUCCGGGCUGCGCAGCCCAGUCAAGUGACCGCGGGAUCUGCCACGACAUCAAGCCUUGUCCUGUCAUGGGCUCGUGGUGCCCUGAACGACUGCAGCGGGGGCUUCGAAAGGUACGAGGUCAUGAUCCAGGGCGCAAACGGCGGAUGGUCUGAGCCGACGGGUUGCUCUAUGCUGGUGAACGUGAAUGUGGAAAGUUGCACGGCCACCCAGCUUUCCAGUGACAUGGCUUAUCAGUUCAGAGUUCGACUACUCUGCAUCUUGGAGGAGACACAGAGCCUUUGGAGUGAGAUCUCGGAAACCGCCAUGACGCUUCCACUAGCAGCUGCAGCUCCCACGGCGGUUCGCGCGCGCUUGCCGAGCUCCACCGCGCUUCUGGUGUCCUGGGAGACGGGGCUGUUGAACGACUGCGAGUUCGAGGAGGCCGUGGUGGAGGGUCAGACAAGCGGAGCCUGGUUCCAGCCAGAGGGCUGCACGGGGCUGACGAACUUGAACUCCUACCACUGCACAGCAGAGGGCCUGACCCCCGGCGCGGAGUACGUCUUCCGAGUCUGGACCAACUGUGCGGAUCGGAUGUCCUCGAGCCCCUACAGCGCUCCGAGCCUGCCCAUCUCCACGCUGGUCGCCGCGCAGACCUGGGAGACUUCGCAAAGGCGAGUUCUCUCCGUGAGCAUGAGCACACAAAUCGACUACAACGAGGUGCAGGGAAACCCCGAGUUGCAGAGUUCCUUGGUCUCCAACAUCAUCGAGGCCACGGCGAGCCGGAUGAACGUGGACCCUUCAAGAGUCCGAGUCGAGGUCUUAGCAGGAAGUGCCCUCGAAAACGGAGGCCGCAGGCUCUCAGCUCUUUCCACCGUCUUCUCCGUGGUGGUGGAUGGAGUCUCGGAGGCCACCUCAGCUGAGCAAGUCUCUGAGAAUGUGGCAGCAGAAGUUUCUACGGUGGUGCAAGCCGAGACCGGCACAGCCAGCGAGGUGCAGGUGUCGAGUGUCAAUAGUCUCGUUGCAGCAAUUCCCCCAGAGCGCAUUACCUGGACGAUGCUUGGGCCUGACCGUGUUCAGCUUCAUUGGAACGCAAGACCACUGAACGACUGCUCCUUCCUCGCAUGGCAGGUUCAUGCCCGAUCCGGGGAUGUUGAGCUAACGCCGCCCGGCUGCUCAGGUCUCGUGAACCUUUCAGCCACCUCCUGUAUCGCCAGCGGCUUUGCCACGGGCGCUGCAUACACCUUCUCCGUCUCGCUCCUCUGUGCAGAUCCGGCUGUGAGCAGUGAAGCUUCGGAGGCCAGUACGCCCUGGGUUGUGGGCUCCGUGCCGACGCUGAUCUCGGCGGAGUUCACCGCAGGCUUUACCACAUUGCUGCUGACUUUCGAUGUGGUGGUGACAGAGCUUCUGACUCCAAGCACCUGCGGCAGCGCCUUCAGCGAAGGCCUCAGCCAGAAGUUCGGCAGCGACUUCGGAUGCAACGUGGCCGGGUCUCAGUUGGCGGUGACUUUAGGACAGGGAGCCACCUUGGUCCUUGGGGAUGCCAUUAGCUUGCAGAUGGCGGCUGGCCUCGUAGACGUCACAUCAGAUCUGCCGGUGGUGGAGGUCUCCGGCUUUAUUUCUGCCUCCCCUCCGGUGGUCCUGCCAUGUGUGCCGGUGACCCUCCUCCUGCAGGCCACCGGCUCCGCGGGACGGGCGCUUCAGAUCGAGUGGUUGACGAGUUCCCAGUCUUCGGAGCUCAUCUCGGUGCUGGCGGCCGCCACCGCCACCUCCUCCACAAGUGCCGAGCUGUCACCCUCCGUCCUUGCGAGCUUGACACAGCCCAGCCUUGACAGGAUUGACAUCGGCGCCGCGGUUCGUGUCACGAACUGGCUGGGUCACAGCAUGAUGAUGAACACAUCAGUCAGGGUGCUCAACGAUGGCCAGGCAACCGCCAGCAUCAUGGCAGUCGGCCCAAGUGCGCUCACCCGCACCCUGGACCAGGAAGUAGAGCUUGAAGUAGCAACGGGCAUUGUGGCCCCCUGCAACCAGUCGGAGGAGGCCACGGGCACGCCCAUCACCACUUGGCACUAUCGAGCAAGCUCCAAUCCCUCAUGGAGUACCCUGGCCGAAGCGGGUCUCGUCGACGAGUCCCCGCUGCCAAACAGGGUGCGCGUGGCGGCCUUCGUGCUUCCACCGGGGGACCACGAGUUCCGUGCCUCCGCGAGCCUGCCACAGACGGAGGCACAGGAAGUGGUCUUUCACAUCACUGUGACCAACAUCCCUCCACCGAGCCUCGAGGUGACAGGGCCCCGAAGCUUUGGACUCGGAUGCGACCUCCGCCUGGGCACUUCCUGGAGCGGUCUGGUACACCCAAGGGCCACCAUCGUCUACGAAUGGACGUGCCUCCAAUCCGACUGCUCCAGCAUCUCGAACUUCGCUUCCCAAACCGAUGAUGGCAGGUCAGGGGAAGCCAUCGAGCUGAGUGGAAGCGAGCUGGCCAUGGGCAGCUACAGCUUCGGUGUGACCAUGACGCAAGUCAUCCCCGGCCAGACUUCGAUCAGCAGCUCUGCCGAGGUGACCGUCACCGUGCAAGCCGGUGGGCCUCUUCCGGUGCAGAUCGCCACCCCCUGGAGCCGCAUGGAUCGCAUUUCCCUACAG